AUGGGCAAAAAGGGCAAAGGAAAAGGCAACAAGCUGGCCAAGAUGUCAGAGGAGGAGCGAGCGCGCUACCUGCAAAUGCGUGCGGAUGCCGAGGAGGAGACGAGAAGGCGGAAAAUGCAGCUCAUAUCGAUGUACAUGAAGAACAAACUCAAACGCGAGGAUGCCUUUGGGCGUCUCAACAUGGCCAAAAUCAAUCAGGAGUGGCGCAGCAUACUCCGCCAGGUGAAGAUACAGGAGCUGCGCCGUGAAAUCGUCGACGUGGAGGCGUUCUUCAAGGAGGCGCUGAAGCGCAAGGACAAUGUCAUACAGCGGCUCAUCGCGCACAUUGGCUCCGCGGAGGACAUGUACGCGAACCUGCAGCAGUCGCACAUGGAGAACAUCAGCGGCAUCAUUGGCAUCCACCGCAGUCGGCUGGAGUUCUUUAGAAGCAUCUACGAGGAGGACAAGCAGGCGGUGCUGGGUGAGUGGGAGCUGGACUCCGCCGGCUUUCGGGCCAUGCACGAGCAGAAGCAGCAGGAACUGGAGUGCGUGUUCUAUCAGGUGGAGGAGACAACCGAUCGGGAGAUCAAGGACAAUCACGAGCGUUUCCUGGCGCGCUGUGAGGAUCUCAAGAGCGGCAUGCAACUGCAGCUGGAGCAAAUCACCAGCAGGGGCGAGGCGAAGCUGGAGCGGCUCUGGCAGGACUAUCAAUCGGUGCUCGCUGGCUACUGCCAGCACAUCGAAGGCUUCUACUCGGAGUACGUGGAUCUGAAGCAGCGCGACGAGGAGGCUGCCCUGCAGAUCAGCCAACAGACCUACGACAUUGAGCAUCUGAUUGACCAGCUGGCCAACCUGCGGCUCGUCUCGGAGGAGUUUCAGGUCAAGCAGCAGGCGCAGCUGGAGCAGCGGCAGGCCAUCAAGCAGCAGCUGACGGAGCGGCUGCGGGAGCUGCGCACCUGCGUGGAGCAGGAGGUGGCACGCGAUCAUCAGACCUUCAAGCUGAUGUCCGUCGAGAGUUACAAUGCGCUGGAGACGCUCCAGGGCAUCGUCAGCCAUGGCGACACUCUGGUCCAACUGUCUGCCGUCUGUGCUAAGAUGGAGACCCAACGCGAGAAGAUGUUCCUCCUGCCCGAGUUGUCGCGGGAGAUCAUAGAGAUUCGUGAAUUGAAAGAGCAAUCCGAUGCAGCCACCGAUCAGCUCAGGGAGGAAAUCGGAGUGGUGCCCGAAAUGGACACCUUUUGGCGUCGCGUCAACAAUGUGGCCGUGGACGUGGCCUGCCUGAAGCAGCAAAAGAAACGCCUGGAGGCAUCCAACAGCCAGCUAAAGGCGGAGCUGCAGGAUUAUUUGGUAAACCUGAACAUCAGCAAUGGCUCCAACAGCCACGUGCACGACUACCUCUGCCGGCGGCCCAAGAGCAUGUCCGUGGAUCGCGUCACACGCCUACAGCUGCAGCCCAAGCAGGUGAAGAGCGCGCUGCCAGCUGGCCGACGUCCGCCACUGCCCACUCCUCCAACAAUCCACCCCGGGCGUGUUCGCGUGGCCGCCUUCGAGGCGAACCUCUCCAAUGCGGUGAGAUCCCGGCACCUGGCCAGGGGACGACCCGAGCUAGCCAGAAUGGAGCGGAAUUCCUAGAUUUUGCUGUCAGGUUUUUCAGUUUAGUUCAGUUUAGUUUUUCCCCCUUUCGAGCACCUCCACCCACCGAGAUGCUGUGCUUUCGGAAUAUUACAAAACGCUUUGGCACGAAGCCGCCGCUGCAAGGGAACAGUGACAUGGUCUUUCUGAAGAUCUUGUGUACCGUCAGGCCGGAUUUCUUGAAGAUACUCGUGCCGAUAAAGAAUGGACGCAUUUGCUGUCCAUUUCCACCCCGAAUCGACGAUUUGACCAAGUCCUUUUGCAGAUGCUAUCUGCGAAAAAUGCUCCAGGAUUACGACACAAAACGGGAGGAGCAGAGGAAAGCCCGCACUCGGUGCACAUCCAAACAGAAAUCGUCGCAUUGACUGGAUUUUACCAGGUGCUUUGUAAUCUUCUCAAAUCUGCAAUGCAAAAUUCAAACCUGAGGAUAUUUUCAAAUUGAAAUUUAAAGUUAAAUAAACCGCGCUGCUAGAUCAGUGAAAAGAGAUAAA